GUCCCGCUGGCCACGCAGGCGCAGUAGGGCGCGCCGGCUGCCGUCCCCGCCCCGCUCGCUAGCGCCCGGGUCCGCAGCGCCAGGCCGCCUGCCUCAGGCCCACGCCGCGGCCGAGCGUUGCGCGGAUGGGCCGCCCGAGCCGGCGUCGCGGACGGCGCUGAGGCGAGCGUGCGGCCGUGGGAGGUAGCGGCGGCAGCGGGGACGGGCGUCCCGGCCGCGCGCAGUGGGAGUGGCUUGGGCUGCAGGAAGCGGAGGAAGAGCGGGAGGGGGCAGCAGCAGCCGCCGACGGCCUCCCGCGGCGCUGACAGGCGGCUCUCGGGGGAGCUCGCGCUCUCGGCGUCUCGGCCUCCGCCCGGCUCGUGAGGUGCCCGUCGGGGCGAGGGCUGCGGCGGCUCGCCGCCUGGUCGGCCGCCGAGGGAUGUGAGUGCGAGCGGGGGCCCAGCCUGGCGGCCGAUCGGCCCUCCCAACACGGGGGCUCCCUAGACCUCCGCCCGCCCGCCGCGUCGCCCGGAGCAGCCCCGGAGCGCGGAGGGGCCGGUGUCACCGGUUGCAGAAGCAGGCAACAGGAACAAGAUGUGAACUGUUUCUCUUUUGCAGAAGAGGCCCUUCUUUCCCCUCCCGCGACUGUAGGCCAGUGUUCUGAAAAAGACUCUGCAUGGGAAUGGCUUGCCUUACAAUGACAGAAAUGGAAGCAACUUCCACACCUCCUGUACAUCAGAAUGGAGAUAUUCCUGGAAAUGCUAGUUCUGUGAAGCAAGUAGAUCCAGUCCUUCAGGUAUAUCUGUACCACUCCCUUGGAAAAGCUGAAGGAGUUUAUCUGAAGUUUCCAACUGGAGAGUAUGUUGCAGAAGAAAUUUGUGUUGCUGCUUCUAAAGCUUGUGGUAUUACACCUGUGUAUCAUAAUAUGUUUGCUUUAAUGAGUGAAGCAGAAAGAAUCUGGUAUCCACCCAACCAUGUCUUCCACAUAGAUGAGUCAACCAGCCAUAAUAUACUCUACAGAAUAAGAUUUUACUUUCCUCACUGGUAUUGCAGUGGCAGCAACAGAACCUAUCGAUACGGAAUAUCUCGUGGGGCUGAAGCACCUCUUCUUGAUGACUUUGUCAUGUCUUACCUCUUUGCUCAGUGGCGGCAUGAUUUUGUGCAUGGAUGGAUAAAAGUACCUGUGACUCAUGAAACACAGGAAGAAUGUCUUGGGAUGGCGGUGUUAGAUAUGAUGCGAAUAGCUAAAGAGAAGGAUCAGACACCCCUGGCUAUCUACAAUUCCAUCAGCUAUAAGACAUUCUUACCAAAAUGCGUUCGAGCAAAGAUCCAAGACUACCAUAUUUUGACCCGGAAGCGAAUAAGGUACCGAUUUCGCAGAUUUAUUCAGCAGUUCAGUCAAUGCAAAGCCACUGCCAGGAACUUGAAACUUAAGUAUCUUAUAAAUCUGGAAACUCUUCAGUCUGCCUUCUACACAGAGCAAUUUGAAGUAAAAGAAUCUGCAAGAGGUCCUUCAGGUGAGGAGAUUUUUGCAACCAUUAUAAUAACUGGAAACGGUGGAAUUCAGUGGUCAAGAGGGAAACAUAAAGAAAGUGAGACACUGACAGAACAGGAUUUACAGUUAUAUUGUGAUUUUCCUGAUAUUAUUGAUGUCAGUAUUAAGCAAGCAAACCAGGAAUGCUCAAAUGAAAGUAGAAUUGUAACUAUCCAUAAGCAAGAUGGGAAAAUUUUGGAAAUUGAACUUAGCUCAUUAAGAGAAGCUUUGUCAUUUGUAUCAUUAAUUGAUGGAUAUUAUAGACUAACUGCAGAUGCACACCAUUACCUCUGUAAAGAAGUAGCACCACCAGCAGUGCUUGAGAAUAUACAGAGCAACUGUCAUGGCCCAAUUUCAAUGGAUUUUGCAAUUAGUAAACUGAAGAAAGCGGGUAAUCAGACUGGAUUAUAUGUACUUCGAUGUAGUCCUAAGGACUUUGAUAAAUAUUUUCUGACCUUUGCUGUUGAGCGAGAUAAUAUCAUUGAAUAUAAGCAUUGUUUGAUUACAAAGAAUGAGAACAGAGAGUACAACCUCAGUGGGACUAAGAGGAACUUCAGCAGUCUUAAAGACCUUCUGAACUGCUACCGGAUGGAAACUGUUCGCUCAGACAAUAUAAUUUUCCAGUUUACUAAAUGCUGUCCCCCAAAGCCAAAAGAUAAGUCAAACCUUCUAGUCUUCAGAACAAAUGGUGUUUCUGAUGUUCACAUCUCACCAACGUUACAGAGGCAUAAUAAUGUGAACCAAAUGGUGUUCCACAAAAUCAGAAAUGAAGAUUUGAUAUUUAAUGAAAGCCUUGGCCAAGGUACUUUUACCAAAAUUUUUAAAGGUAUAAGAAGAGAAGUAGGAGAUUAUGGUCAGCUGCAUGAAACAGAAGUUCUUUUGAAAGUUCUGGAUAAAGCACAUAGAAACUAUUCAGAGUCUUUCUUUGAAGCAGCAAGCAUGAUGAGUCAGCUUUCUCACAAGCAUUUGGUUUUGAAUUACGGAGUAUGUGUCUGUGGAGAGGAGAAUAUUCUGGUUCAAGAGUUUGUUAAAUUUGGAUCACUAGAUACGUAUCUGAAAAAAAAUAAAAAUUCCAUAAACAUAUUAUGGAAACUCGGAGUGGCUAAACAGUUGGCAUGGGCAAUGCAUUUUCUAGAAGAGAAAUCCCUUAUUCACGGAAAUGUAUGUGCCAAAAAUAUUCUACUUAUCAGAGAAGAAGAUAGGAAAACAGGAAAUCCUCCUUUCAUCAAACUUAGUGACCCUGGCAUCAGCAUUACAGUUUUACCAAAGGACAUUCUUCAGGAGAGAAUACCUUGGGUACCACCUGAAUGUAUUGAAAAUCCCAAAAAUCUAAAUCUGGCAACAGACAAAUGGAGUUUUGGUACCACUCUGUGGGAAAUUUGCAGUGGAGGAGAUAAGCCUCUAAGUGCUCUGGAUUCUCAAAGAAAGCUACAGUUUUAUGAAGAUAAGCAUCAGCUUCCUGCACCAAAGUGGACAGAAUUAGCAAACCUUAUAAAUAAUUGCAUGGAUUAUGAACCAGAUUUCAGGCCUUCUUUCAGAGCCAUCAUACGAGAUCUUAACAGUUUGUUUACUCCGGAUUAUGAACUAUUAACAGAAAAUGACAUGCUACCAAACAUGAGAAUAGGUGCCCUAGGAUUUUCUGGUGCUUUUGAAGACAGAGACCCUACACAGUUUGAGGAGAGACAUUUGAAAUUUCUACAGCAACUCGGCAAGGGUAACUUUGGGAGUGUGGAGAUGUGCCGCUAUGACCCCCUACAAGACAACACUGGAGAGGUGGUGGCUGUUAAAAAGCUACAGCACAGCACGGAAGAGCACCUCAGGGAUUUUGAAAGGGAAAUUGAAAUCCUGAAAUCCUUGCAGCAUGACAACAUUGUAAAGUACAAGGGAGUAUGCUACAGUGCUGGUCGGCGUAACCUAAGAUUAAUUAUGGAAUAUUUGCCAUAUGGAAGUUUACGGGACUAUCUCCAAAAACAUAAAGAACGGAUCGAUCACAAAAAACUUCUGCAGUACACAUCUCAGAUAUGCAAGGGUAUGGAGUAUCUUGGUACAAAAAGGUAUAUCCACAGAGACCUAGCAACAAGAAAUAUAUUGGUGGAAAAUGAGAACCGAGUUAAAAUUGGAGAUUUUGGAUUAACCAAAGUCUUGCCACAAGACAAAGAAUACUACAAAGUAAAAGAACCAGGUGAAAGCCCCAUAUUCUGGUAUGCUCCAGAAUCACUGACCGAGAGCAAGUUUUCUGUGGCCUCAGAUGUUUGGAGUUUUGGUGUGGUUCUGUAUGAACUUUUCACAUAUAUUGAGAAGAGUAAAAGUCCACCAGUGGAAUUUAUGCGAAUGAUUGGCAAUGACAAGCAAGGACAGAUGAUUGUGUUCCAUCUGAUAGAGCUCCUGAAGAAUAAUGGGAGAUUGCCAAGGCCUGAAGGGUGCCCAGAUGAGAUAUAUAUUAUCAUGACAGAAUGCUGGAACAACAAUGUAAAUCAGCGUCCCUCCUUCAGGGACCUGGCACUUCGAGUGGAUCAAAUACGGGACAGUAUGGCUGCGUGAAAGAAAUAGCCUUUACUCUCCAACCAACAUGGACUUCCACAACAGCUUUGUAGUUCACGUUGCUGUGGACUACUGUUGACAUAUCAUUAUCACCUAAGUCAUAAUGUUGACCAGAAAAGGUGUGACAAUGUCUGCUCAGAACUUCCCAAGUUUAAUGAGUUUUUUUUUUCCUUUUUUCGUGCAGCAUCUGUAAAAGACACUGAUGAAAAGUCUUGCAAGAAAUUUGUAAGAGGUUUCAUGGAACUUAUCAGUCAGUCAUUUACAUCUCUUUCUCUGGCAAAAGAAGAAAAUAGACACUUUUCAAUUCAGCUUUUUGAGAGAUGAAAAAAUUACAUUGUAAAUUUUGCAGUGUUAGAGAUACACAGAAUAUAUAUGUACAGUUUUUACUACAUUGAGUGUAUAAUACUUUGGCAUCUUGUGUGAUUUACACAAGGGCUGAUGUUUAUUAAUAAUGUUUUCUAAUUUUUCCAUAGUUGAUCUACAAUGACUUCAUUAUACAAGCAAAUUAAAAUGCUCAAACAUUGAGUAAGCACCUUUCUUUUCUUACUCCUAUGUCUCUAUCUGUCAGGGCUUAUUGCUCCAUGUACUGUAAAUAUUUUUCAAAGCAAAGGGAACAAGUCUAGUUUUAUUUGUAUAGGAAAUUCCCCCAGCCCUAAAUAAUUUUGAAAUGGAACAAUCUUACAAAGAUAUAGCACAAUCUAUUUUCUUAUUUGUUUUCUUUGUGUCUGUUUAUGGUGAAUACGUUUUUUAAAUAGAAGUAUCUCCAAAUUUUUUAAGACUAUAAUAAAUAGUAUUCUUUUACAUUUUUGAGAUUAAGAAUGCCAGGAAUAUCUUCAUCCCUUGAAUUGCUAACUGUCAAAAAGACUUUUCAGUCCCUGAGACCUAUGGGCGUACAUUAAAUUUAAGCAUAAGCCAUAAAAUAAUUUCUAAGCUGUGCAUGCUCUUUAAGAUGCAGAGUGGGUUAGGACAUGGACUCUCUGUUUAAGGGGUUUCCAAGCUUCCUAUUUGAGUUGUAAAAAAAAUUCUUUAUUAGAGUCUCCUAUGCAAAUGGGAAAUGAGUAAGUUAUGGAAAAGUAUGCUUGCUCAUUUUAUCUAAGAAUCCUAGUAGAAGACUCAUAAUGUACGUCUUUAAAAAGGAGAGAGAGCAUACGUAUUUUCAAAGUAUAAAUAGUGGUUGUCAUCCAUUUUUGUGCUGCUCCAUUUUAGACAAUGUCAUGCCAAAAAUAAAAUAUGAUUUUUGUGUGUGUUAUUUAUACAAACUUUAAAAUAUUUGAUAAUUUGUUUUUUAAAAAAGAAUUUAUUUUCACUGGUGUGUGCUAUUUUUUAACUUAAGACUUUUGGUUUUGUUGGGGAAGGAAAGGCAAGAAAUGUUUCAAACAAUUUUUAAGGCAUUUUAGUAGAUACCAGAUAUAGAAAUCACCUACAGUGAGACUAGUAGAUUUUUAAGACUUCUAUUCAAUAUUUUAAUGAAUGUUAAAUAUAUUUUUAUGUAAUUUGUAAAGUCUUCUCAAGGGUGUGUAUAUAUAAUAUAGUUCAGAGAUCUUUAAUUCUACAAUAGCUCAAAGUAGCAUACCAUACCAUAUGAUUGCUUUCAGAUUUUUAUACUAAAGCUUAGUAACUUAAAAGUACAUUUUUCAUAUUCAUAUUUUUAAAAGAUUUUUGUUUAUUUUAAAAAAUAAAGGUGUGAACUACAUUUCUUUAAACUUAUAAACAUGUUUUAAUUUUUAGUUUUAAAGAAUCCCACAUCCAUAUCCUUACAGUUAUAGAGAGGACAAUCUUACUGUAAAAUUCCAUUUUUUAAGAGAUUUCUUUUUUAUUGACAUUCAUUGAAUGUUUUAAAUUUUGAUUCUGAUUACACAUAUAAAGCAAUUACUCCCAUAACUAUUUAUUUGGU